UGUGGCUCAACAAGGCGCGUGUCCACAACAUCGAAGUGUUGGAAAAUCUCCUGGAAAACCGCCCGAAGGGAACGCCCCUGCUGACCGUCUCCAAUCAUCACUCGUGCUUCGAUGAUCCCGGCAUGUGGGGACUGCUGAGGCUUCGAUUGCUCAAACUGCGCAACGUGUGCAACCACAACGUGAUCCGGUGGUCGAUGGCCGCCCAUGACAUUUGCUUCACCAACAAGUAUCACUCGCUGUUCUUCAUGUACGGUAAGUGUAUUCCGGUCGUGCGGGGAGCUGGAGUGUACCAGCCGGCCAUCGAUCUGUGCAUAGAGAAGCUGAAGCUGGGCCACUGGGUGCACGUGUUCCCCGAGGGAAAGGUCAACAUGACCAAGGAAGAUCUCAGGUUCAAAUGGGGCGUAGGGCGGAUAAUCUACGAAACACCCGUUUUGCCAAUCAUCGUUCCCAUAUGGCACAUUGGGAUGGAAACAGUGCUUCCGAAUGAGCCGCCGUAUUACCUCCGGUUGGGUAAGAAACUGACGUACAACUUCGGUAAGCCGAUCGAUUUGAACUCUGUGAUGGAACGGCUGAGGGCGAGCCCCGUUUCGGAGGAGGAAGCGCGGAAGAUCAUCACUGACAAGAUUCAGGAGGAGAUGAUGGUCCUCAAGGAAGAAACCGAGCGAUUACAUUUCGACUACAUUAAGAGCAGCUGAGACGUGGAGAAGGGCUCGGAAGGGGCCGAUGACUGAUAUAAGAAGCAAAAGACAUUCGCACCAUCCAAAGUGUCAUCGUAACUGCUGUGCAUCGAUGCAUUCGACGAAGGAGAUGGAGUGAUCUGUGGGAAAAGGAUGAACCAUUAACGCUUACACAGUUAAUUUUACCCUACUUAUUAUAUGUCAUUAUUCCAUCCAAACCGGGAAAGUUCGCGAUUCCAAAAUGAUAUUGUUUCCAAUCUUGUCAUAACUUUUAUUCACAUACCUGCAUAGGUCAAGCAUACAUCUCUGCGGCGUUGACCUAAAACCAAAGGUCGGUCAACGAACGUUUGCCAUACCUCUAAUACACCUGAAUAGCCUUUCUAACUCACAUCUUUGAAUAAGCAUCAAGUAAGUAACAUGCAUUUGCUCCAUCCAUUACGUAGAAGAGUAUAAUAGUUGUAUAGAAACAAAAGUGAAACAGAUAAGAUGCUACAUAUGAUGAUUCACCCGCGCCGUUUUUCUAGUCAUCUUGGAAUGUUUGGCGCACUGUUGACAACGAUUAAAUUGGACCUGCUUGUUAAAGUUAAUGAAUAGACAAGGAAUCUACUUAGAAUGAAGAAUGGUCGAAGAGGCUUACCAAACCCAUAAUUGUUAAGGAAAAGUUUAAACGAUGAAAUUGGUUUAAAGGUUCCUUUUUAACUAUUGGUAGGUACUUUUAGUACACUAGUUCAUUUGAAGGUUAGAUGUUGAUAAGUGACACAAUUUAUAGCUAGAUUUAUCAUUGUAAUGUUAUCACUAUUACUGCUAAUAAGUAAUUAUAGUUGAAUUUAAAAUUCAAAA